GCACCCCGCCCAACAGGUAAACCGAAGUACAACCGGUGUAUUGUCACUGUCUGGACUAAACCUAAUCAAUUGUUUUACAUUCAAAGAGAUUCCAGGUGGUCAGCCAUGGAUGGUGGAAAGAAAGUGUGGGUGCCUCAUCCCACCGAGGGUUUUAAACUGGGGCGUAUAGUAGACAUUGGAUCAGAUUCUAUUGCUAUUGAACCAUUUGAUGCACCAGGAACAACAAUAAAUGCUAUUUAUGAUCGUACAUUCCCAGCCGAAGAAUAUGAUAAUAAAGAUUGUGAAGAUAACUGUGGGCUGAUGUAUCUAAAUGAAGCUACAUUACUUAAUAAUGUUCGAAUCAGAUAUAUGAAAAAUCAGAUCUAUACAUAUACAGCAAACAUCCUCAUAGCUUUGAAUCCCUACUAUGAAAUGCCGGACUUAUAUUCAUCAAACGCAAUUAAAAAAUAUCAAGGAAAAUCUCUUGGCACACUGCCACCUCAUGUCUUUGCUAUUGCUGAUAAAGCUCACAGAGAUAUGAAAGUAAAUAAAACAAGUCAGUCUAUUAUUGUAAGUGGCGAGUCAGGAGCUGGCAAGACCGAAUCAACCAAAUACAUCCUCAAAUAUCUAGCUGAGAGUUGGGGAACACAUGCCGGACCAGUGGAACAACGUAUAUUAGAUUCCAAUCCUUUAUUGGAAGCAUUUGGUAAUGCUAAAACCGUCAGAAAUAACAACAGUAGUCGAUUUGGAAAAUUUGUAGAGAUUCAUUUUGAUAAAAAGUCAUUGGUUUGUGGAGGUUUUAUUUCUCAUUAUCUACUGGAAAAAUCACGUAUUUGUAUUCAAAGUGGUGAGGAGAGAAAUUAUCAUAUAUUUUAUCGACUAUGUGCUGGGGCACCGGAGGAUUUAAAACAGAAAUUGAAACUAGGAGCUCCUGAUAGCUUCCAGUAUCUGAAAAAUGGAUGUACACAGUACUUUAUUUCACGAGCUUCAGAAAAGGCUUUGAAUGACAAUAGAAAAAGUAAAGAGUAUUUAAAGAAUAUACCCAUUUUGAUGGUAGUAGUCUAUAGAAAUAUUAAUGGAAUAUUGAAAGGCAGGAUUCAUGCAGAUCUUUGA